AUGGCGACGCAAACAUUUGUUCUUCCAGGCCAACAUCUGGAUCCGGAAAGCCUUCCUUCGCAUCCAAAACUGCCUCUCAAGCUCGGCCCUGGACUGAGACUGCUCCCGCCAAGCACCAUCACGCCCACAGUCGCAGGACAUCUAUGUACAGAUGCGAGGAAAAAUGCGGUGUGGGUAGAGUUCAAUGGCGGUCGCUAUAUCCCGACAGUCGGUGAUCUUGUCAUAGCAACGGUACAAAAACACUCGGUUGAUGUUUACUUCGUCAGUCUUAGUGACUACAUGCCGAACGCCUCUCUUCCGCAAUUGUCCUUUGAAGGAGCGACCAAGAAGACAAGACCGCAACUGGGCUACGGAUCACUUGUGUAUGCGCGGGUGACGUUGGCCAACAAGCAUAUGGACCCUGAGCUGGAAUGCGUUUCUUCAUCAACUGGAAAGUCGGAAGGCUUGGGGCCGCUGACUGGGGGGAUGCUCUUCGCGAUAUCAUUAGGCAUGGCUAGAAGACUAAUGCUAUCAAAGCCAGGGGAGCAAGGUAAUCUGGUAGUAUUGGAAGAGAUUGGAGGAGCCGGUGUACCAUUCGAAGUUGCAGUUGGGAGAAACGGGAAGUUGUGGGUAGACAGCAAGAGCGUGAAGGCUACGUUGGCUAUCGGGAAGGCCGUUCAAGAAACCGAUGAGAAGGGCUUGAAUGUCGAGGCACAGAAAAAGCUGGCGAGGAAGCUGGCUAGGGAUUUGUGA